UCCUGGGAAGGGUGGUGGAGGAUCCGGAGCCUCUCCCAGGAAUACUGGGCGUGAGGCAGGAAUACAUCCUGUAUGGCAAGCCAGUCCAUCACAGGGCGCCAUGCACAGACUCAAUGACACAUUCACACCUAGAGGAAAAUCGAUCUGAGCCAGUCCAAUUACUGGCAUGUUUCUUUGUUUAUUUGGGAGGUGGGAGGAAACCGGAAAACCUUAUGGAAACCCACGUGGAGACUGGGAGAACUUUCCUCUAUUCUGACUGUAAUUUUAAGAUUCUUCCUUGUAGCGUGUUGAGAACAGGACAGGAAACGUGUACUUGAAAAUUACCAAUAAUGCACUUCAAAUGAGACGACUGUAUAAAGGAAAUACCAAAGUAUAUAUGCAGCACGCGCGAUGUGGAUUGGACAGUCCAGCGCUGCACGCUUCUUCUGAAGGCGGUGAAAGGAAAGCGCUGGCAUCCGAGUCUGAUUAUCUGCGGUCCGUGUGCAGCGAGUCGAGCUCAUUCAUCAUGGCUCAGCCGAAAAUAUCCGUGGACGCUCCGUCUAAAUUAUGGAUAACUACCGUGUUUGUAGUCAUGGUUGUUCUUCAAGUCGCCUCGACUACUGGAUUAUUCGUUUAUCUCAAUAUGUCAAUGGCUCAGGCCCGGAGUCAGGGUGUGUCUGAGGAGCUGCGCUGUCUUGGGCUGCUGAACGCUCUGGAGAAAGAUCAGGAGGUGCCGGAUGGUCUGGUACAGCUCUUUGGUGAACCAUGCAUCAGACUUGCUGAAGGAAUUAAGACAUAUAUAUCCAAGGUUACAGAAAACAUCAUCUCUCAGCACAUCUUUCAAGAAAGACAAACAGCCGAGACGCGUCUGAAAGUUCUCAAUGGUGGGAACCAGCGGCCCUCUGCUCACCUCACCCUCCGAGACAAUGGAUUACAAGGCCCAACAUCUUUAAGUCCUCAAAGAGACCUCCACCAGUCCUGCCGUCACCCUGUACGUUCCUGGGGAAACCAGAGCUUCGGCACGCACCUGCACAACAUGACGGUGUCCAACGGGCGGCUGCGGAUCCCUCAGACGGGACGCUAUUACCUGUACGCUCAGGUCUACUUCCGGUACCUCACACUGUCCAACACCGAGUACCAGUCCAGCUCAGAUAGCCAGCAGGUGGUACAGUGUGUGUAUAAGAAGACGGCUUAUGCACAGCCCAUUCAGCUGCUAAAGGGAGUGGGCACCAAGUGCUGGGCCCCGGACAGUGAGAAUGCCCUCCAUUCCAUCUACCAGGGAGGUAUGUUUGAGCUGCGAGCAGGAGACGAGAUCUUCGUCUCAGUGUCCUCUCCUACCGCAGUGCAUGCAGAGGACUCGUCCAGUUACUUUGGAGCCUUUCGCUUUGACCUCUGAGCCCUGCUCAUUGGGUCUCACUGAAGCGUUCAGUGUGUGGACUGUGAGAAAAAGGAAAAGAGUGGGUGGAACAAGGAAGGAUCUGUGAAGCUUCCUGUUUACUCAGAAACUUCCAUGAAGGGAGAUCAAAUGACUCAACUACAGACUAAUUGGGUGCAGAAGGCACAAGCAGCUAUUAAAACCAGAAGGAUGCUUCAUAGCGGGCUGCAAAGAAAAGACAAAAUGAAUUCUUGUACAAAACCUUGGAUAAAACUCCUCAAGUAAUCACUGCUCUUUACCAAGGAGCAUUACAGAUGACGUGAGUUUUUUCUCUCAGAAAUGCGCAGUGGGAUCUUGAAUGGGACUCUAAUGGGUGGUCCAGAGUUUGUGGGAACACAGCUGAGGAAUUUCAUGAAUUUACCACAAAUUAGUCUGGGUUUAGAGCACCACAAUGUAUGGCUAUACAAACACACCAGUGCUCACAGCUGGUGUGACAGAGAUUUAAACAGUCCAAGAAAAUAUAUGGUAAAAACCAAACAAACAGUCGAUCAGCUGAAACGUUUUUUGUGUGUGCUUCUUAAGUUUCAUUUGCACUGGAGCUACUAGUCUAAAAGUCAGUCGAGCUUAUACCCUUUUAGUGAUGUGAAUUCCAACUCUGUUCAGUGAGUCAGAUCAUUUGGCUCAGCUCACGAAUUCACACGAAGGAACAGCUCAGAAGUUCAAAGGAGGUUUGCACUGAAUCAUUUAAAGUGGUUAGUAAAAAUGAAUGAAUGAAUGAAUAAUGACAUUGCCUAUAUUAGCAAUUAAGUAUUAUCUACGAAAAAAACAUCACAUAUACGAGUCAAUUUGUUCAAGAAACAACACAUCACUAAUACCCCCAGUUUAACAUUGUGCAAAAUGCAUGUUUAAAUCAUUACACUAAACAGACUUGUUUAUGUGGUUUCUGACACUAUCUCACACUCUUAUCGGUAAAAAUGGACAAAGGACAUGUCACAGCCAAAAACAUCUUAGAGGCGUAACUCCAUCUUGGAGCCUCACUUGUCACUUUCUUCUUCAGCACAUACUCAGCCACUUUAUUAGGAACACAACACUAAUGCAUGCUUCUCUGCUCACCACGGUUGUAUAGAGUGGUUAUUUGAGUUACUGUAGACUUCUUACCAGCUCAAACCAGUCUGGCCAUUCUCUUCAGCCCUCUCUCAUCAAUAUCCAUCCAUCCAUUUUCUAUACCGCUUAUCCUUAGUGGGUCAUGGGGAACCUGGAGCCUAUCCCAGGAGGCAGGGGGCACAAGGAGGGGUACACCCUGGACAGGGUGCCAAUCCAUUGCAAGGCACAAUCACACACAUUCACACACCCAUUCAUACACUAGGGACACUUUGGACAUGCCAAGGAAACCAAGGAAACUAGAGUACCCGGAGGAAACCCCCGAAGCACGGGGAGAAUUCCGCACACACAGUGCCGGCGGGACUUGAACCCUCAACUCUGGAAGUGUGAGGCUGACCACUAAGCCACCGUGACCCCUCUCAGCAAUAUUUACUUUUUAAUAUGUCUUUAAAAAAUGUAAUAAGUCUUUAAAAAGGCAUACUGUAUUCUAUUCUAUAUUAUGAAACAAUAGUCAAAUCACAUAGUCAAAGGAUGUUUUUGAGAUGAUUGUAUGUAGAUUCAGACAUGCAGCUUGCAUAAUGCUAAACUGGUAAUCAUGGGCUUACACUAAUUAUUAACUAGGUUAGCCUUGUAACUCCAGUGCAGAACUAAAGAAGCAAAAGUAUUAGGCAACUACAUUAGGUGUGAGAGGAAAUUUGUUUAAUUUCCUUAUUGGCUGAACUGGUUGUUGAAGUUCAUAACCAUAAUUUAAAUGAACAUAAAUAAUCACUGACUCUCUAAAAUGAUUUAUUUACUAGUAUUCUUGCUAAUAUAAAUAGAUUUAUGCAGUUUGUUUAGUUUAUUUGGCAUACCUACCACUUUGCAGGAUAAACACAUGCUCAAAUAUCACCAGAUGUGGAAAAUCCAGCUGUAGAAAGUAUUCUAUGACCUAUAGCUUUUUUUCUGAGUGUAUUCAUUUCUGGAAAACUGAAUGGGCCCAGAGACUCAAGCAUCCUGGAUUCAUUCUUUCACACAUGCACUUUUCAACUGGGGAGGAAAAAAGUACUGAAAAAUUAUGGAAGUAUAGAUGAUGUGCCAAAAUCUUUCUCAUAUCCAAAUCCAGUCCAAAAAGUACUAUUUAACUGAAAGACACAAAGAUGCUAUUUUAAAAUGUACUUACUUAUUAAAACGUAAAAAGUAAAUGGACAGGAAUCUGAGGCUAUUAUGGGAACAGGCUCACCCAAACUGGAUAGUUGAAGACUAGGGAAAAAUUAAAUCACCUGGUCUUUUUGCCAGUCUUCAACUGUCCAGUGAGUCUGUCCCUCAGAGUCCUGUUCCAGAUGUGAUCUUCUGCUGUUGUAGCUCAUCCAUCUCAAGGUUUGAUGUGUUGUGCAUUCUGAGAUGCUUUUCUGCACACCAUGGUUGUAAAGAGUGAUUAUUUGUGUAAUUAUAGACUUCCUGUCAGCGCAAACCAGUCUGGUCAUUUUCGUUUGAUCUGUCAAGGUGUUUCCGCCCACAUGACUGUCGGUCACUCAAUGUUUUUCGCACCAUUCUGUGUAAACUCUGGAGAAUGUUGUGUGUGUGAAAAUCCCAGGAGAUCAGCAGUUUAUGAAAUAUUCAAACCAGCCUUUCUGGCACCAACAUCAAAGUCACAGAGAUCACAUUUUUUCUUCAUUUUGAUGUUUGAUGUGAACAUUAACUGAGGCUCUUGACCUGUAUCUGCAUGAUUUUUUUUGCAUUGCACUGCUGCCACAUGAUUGGCUGAUUAGAUAAAUGCAUGAAUGUGCAGUGUUUCUAAUAAAAUGGAUGGUGAGUGUAUAUAGUGUACCUGUUUUUUUGACUGGAUAAGAAACCUUUGAGAUUUGAAAAAAUUCGAAGGAAUUUGAAAGAAUUCUAGUAAUUCUAAGUGCAUUUUUAAGAGCUGUACUUAAGUAAGUGUACAAGUUUUCAGUUUCAAAAAUGCUCCAGUAAAGUAUAAAGUACAAUUACUCAUGUAUUUUUCACCCCUGCUUUUCAGUUAACGCAAGCCAGGUACUUCUUAAUGGCCUUGACCUUUGAAUUGUAAAUGGUCUUUUAAAAAAAAUAAAAGACAUUCUUAUGUC